AUGUACCAGUAUAAAUAAAUUCCCUGAAGCAUUAACGGAGAGCUUCUAUACUUCUUCGUCUCGUUUCCUUGUUUAAGGUCUGUAAUUGGGUUUCCGGCCGGCGAGUUAGGGUCCAGGAGAUUAGUAGCAGGAUGGGAGGGAUGGUCAUGCUGUCGGAGCUGGCUACGGAGAUCUUGAUCCCGGUCUGCGCAGUGAUUGGCAUCGUGUUCUCUCUCGUGCAAUGGUCUCUGGUCUCGCGCGUGAAGCUUACCUACGAACGACACGACUCGUCGCCGAACAACAAAAAGAACGGUUACGGUGGUGACUACUUGAUUGAAGAAGAGGAAGGUCUUAAUGACCAUAGUGUCGUCACCAAAUGCGCCGAAAUCCAGAACGCAAUCUCGGAAGGUGCGACAUCCUUUCUUUUCACGGAAUAUCAAUAUGUUGGCAUCUUCAUGGUGGCCUUUGCAAUUCUGAUCUUUCUUUUCUUGGGUUCUGUGGAGAGCUUUAGUACUAAGAGCCAACCUUGUACUUAUAAUGAGCAUAAGAUGUGCAAGCCAGCACUUGCUACUGCUGUCUUCAGCACUGUAUCUUUCCUGCUAGGUGCCAUCACUUCUGUCGUUUCUGGUUUCCUGGGGAUGAAAAUUGCUACUUACGCCAAUGCAAGAACAACAUUAGAAGCAAGAAAGGGUGUUGGCAAGGCUUUUAUUACUGCAUUUAGAUCUGGAGCAGUGAUGGGUUUUCUUCUUGCAGCCAAUGGUCUCUUGGUGCUUUAUAUUACUAUUAACCUCUUCAAGCUGUAUUAUGGGGAUGAUUGGGAAGGUCUGUUUGAGGCUAUUACUGGAUAUGGUCUUGGGGGAUCUUCUAUGGCUCUCUUUGGGAGAGUUGGUGGUGGGAUCUACACUAAAGCUGCCGAUGUUGGUGCUGAUCUUGUGGGAAAGGUGGAGAGAAAUAUUCCUGAGGAUGACCCAAGAAAUCCAGCUGUUAUUGCUGACAAUGUUGGCGAUAAUGUUGGAGACAUUGCUGGCAUGGGUUCUGAUCUUUUCGGCUCAUAUGCUGAAUCAUCCUGUGCUGCUCUUGUCGUUGCCUCCAUCUCCUCUUUUGGAAUUGACCAUCAGUUUACUGCAAUGUGUUAUCCUCUGCUCAUUAGUUCUAUGGGCAUCCUUGUUUGUUUAAUCACAACCCUCUUUGCCACUGAUUUCUUUGAAAUCAAGGCUGUCAAGGAAAUUGAACCUGCAUUGAAGAAGCAGCUUAUUAUUUCUACCGUUUUUAUGACUGUGGGAAUUGCAGUUGUUUCUUGGCUUGCUUUGCCCUCAUCCUUUACAAUUUACAAUUUUGGUGUUCAGAAGGUUGUUAAGAACUGGCAACUGUUCUUGUGUGUGGGUGUUGGUCUUUGGGCUGGACUUAUAAUUGGAUUUGUUACUGAGUACUACACCAGCAAUGCAUAUAGCCCAGUGCAAGAUGUUGCUGAUUCUUGCAGAACUGGAGCUGCUACGAAUGUUAUAUUUGGCCUUGCUUUGGGAUACAAGUCUGUUAUCAUUCCAAUUUUUGCCAUCGCGGUCAGCAUUUUUGUUAGUUUCAGCUUUGCUGCCAUGUAUGGCAUUGCAAUGGCAGCCCUGGGAAUGCUGAGCACCAUUGCCACUGGAUUGGCAAUUGAUGCUUACGGUCCAAUCAGUGACAAUGCUGGUGGUAUUGCAGAGAUGGCUGGCAUGAGCCACCGCAUCCGUGAGAGAACUGAUGCACUUGAUGCUGCCGGGAACACCACUGCUGCCAUCGGGAAGGGAUUUGCCAUUGGAUCUGCUGCACUCGUCUCUUUGGCUUUAUUUGGUGCCUUUGCCAGCCGCGCUGCAAUAUCUACUGUUGAUGUUUUGGCCCCCAAGGUUUUCAUUGGUUUGAUUGUUGGCGCCAUGCUUCCUUACUGGUUCUCCGCCAUGACCAUGAAGAGUGUAGGAAGUGCUGCUUUGAAGAUGGUUGAGGAGGUUCGAAGGCAGUUCAACACAAUUCCAGGUCUCAUGGAGGGUCUAGCCAAGCCUGAUUACGCCACCUGUGUCAAGAUAUCUACUGAUGCAUCCAUCAAGGAGAUGAUUCCACCUGGCGCACUUGUCAUGCUUACUCCCCUCAUUGUUGGGACAUUAUUUGGUGUGGAAACUUUGGCUGGCGUUCUGGCAGGCUCCCUUGUUUCCGGCGUUCAGAUAGCAAUAUCUGCAUCUAACACUGGUGGUGCAUGGGAUAAUGCGAAGAAAUAUAUUGAAGCUGGUGCUUCAGAGCAUGCAAAGACCCUCGGCCCUAAAGGGUCUGAACCACACAAGGCUGCUGUCAUUGGUGACACCAUCGGAGACCCUCUCAAGGACACCUCCGGUCCAUCACUUAACAUCCUCAUCAAGCUCAUGGCUGUGGAGUCACUUGUAUUUGCUCCCUUUUUCGCUACUCAUGGUGGCCUUCUGUUCAAGAUUUUCUGAGGCAGAAAACGAAACAAAAAACAACUGGCGCUGCCUUGUCGAAGUAAUCCUUGUUUACAGUUGUAUUACCUUGCAUCCUGUGAGUGAUAAGUUUUUUUUUUUAAGUUAGUUGUUGUUAGUGAUUACUACUAUUUUUGAACGGCGAAUAAUUUUGCGAAUUGAGCUAGGUUUUAUUGAUGACGAAAAUGGUCAUUCAUAUCGAGGGUGAGUUCAGGUAUUAUUCCCUUGUAGCCUUGGAAAAACUUCAUUUUGAAAGCUGUACUGUUGUAAUUUUUCAUGCUUGGCAAGGAAAGCAUUUUCAAAGCUUUUGUUGUAA